AUGAAAGAUUAAGCGAAUAACAGAAUAGUGAAAAUACGAAGGUAGCGUUACAAGAUGGCUUCCUUCUUGCAGUGGCGGCGAUUUAAUUUCUUUGAGAAAGAAAGCACUUACUACCCAGAUUCCAAUGAAAUAUUUGACAAAUUAAAGGAUAUUAAUAUAUCUGCUUGUGCCAGUGGUCGAGGACAAAUCAUAAUUGGUGACCACAAUGGAUUCCUGCAUUUUAUCAACCGUAAAAUGGAGAUCACUGAAUUUGAAGCCUACAAGAUCCGUGUGUCACACUUGUUUCAGAUGAAGCAACACAAUCUUUUAAUUUCCAUUGGAGAAGAUGAACAAGGGGUGAACCCUCUUAUUAAAGUAUGGAAUCUCGAUAAAAUGGAUCGAGGUAUUCCAUUAUGUACAAGAAUUGCCAGAGCUAUUCCUGGGAAUAAACCUUCACACGUAACCUGUUUGACAGUCCAUGAAAACCUCAACUGGAUGGCCAUUGGAUUUGAAUGCGGCAGUGUGGUCCUUUAUAAAGGAGAUGUCACACGUGAUCGGCACAGCAAGUUUCGUGUUGUUUAUGAAAACCAACGACCAAUCACAGGACUAGGUUUUCGUAUAUCAGGAAAGAACAUAAUUUUGUUUGUGGUCACUGAAACCAGUGUUGUGUCCAUAAGCAUCACCAGUAAGGAUCAAAGGAUAAUUCUUGACCAAUUUGGCUGUAAGGCUCGGUGUUCUGUUAUGAGUGGUGUGACCCAGGACAAUCAGCUUGUGCUUGGAAGAUCCGAUGUCGUGUAUUUCUAUCAACCUGAUGGCCGAGGUCCUUGUCUUGCACUGGAAGGAGAAAAACUGAUGCUUGUUUGGUUCCGAGGAUAUUUAAUCACAGUUCGACGUGAGAAACGUUCUUUGCCACCAAUGAGUAACGAUGGUCUUGAGAUGAAUAUCGUAACCAUUUACGACAUUCAAAAUAAAUUCAUAGCUUUCGUUGGACCUUUCCCUGAAAUCAUCGAUAUUGUUUAUGAAUGGGGUUCAAUAUUCAUUUUAGCUGGGGACAAAAGGUUUUAUCAACUGAUUGAGAAAGAUACACAAACAAAAUUAGAUAUUUUAUUUCGUAAGAACCUUUACAACAUAGCUAUCAAUCUGGCAAAAAGCCAACAUUAUGACCAAGGUGGCUUGAUAGAUAUCUUCACACAGUAUGGAGAUCAUUUAUACAGUAAAGGAGACCAUGAUGGAGCAAUUGAGCAAUAUAUUAAAACUAUUGGCAAGCUGGAGGCUUCGUAUGUAAUAAGAAAGUUUUUGGAUGCUCAAAGAAUCCACAAUCUUACUCGAUAUCUCCAAGCCUUACACAAACAGACUCUGGCCACUGAAGAGCACACCACACUUCUAUUAAACUGCUACACUCGAUUAAAAGAUGUGUCAGAACUUGAUAAAUUCAUUAAGACAAAAGACAGGGAAGUUGAUUUUGAUGUUGAAACUGCCAUCAAAGUGUGUCGACAGGCUGGCUAUUAUGAACAUGCCUUAUUUCUGGCUGAUAAAUACAACAUCCACAAAUGGUACCUGAAAAUCCAGUUGGAAGAUAUCAAAGAUUUCAAGAAAGCACUGGAAUACAUUGGCAAACUUAGCUUUGCAGAGGCUGAAGAAAACAUGAAAAAAUAUGGUAAAACCCUAAUGAGAGAAGUGCCACAACCCACCACAGAAGUACUGAAGCAGCUCUGUACAGAUUAUCGUCCUUCUGAUCAGCCAUUAAUUGACCAAAAUGUUUUGGAUGGUGGUAUCCCAAAGAUCCAGAAAGCACCUGCUGAAGAAUUCAUUCACAUCUUUGUAAGCAGUUCUGCUCGUCUGACUGAGUUUUUAGAACACAUGAUCAAAGUGCAACCCAACUCAAGCAGUCUGUUGUACAAUACCCUUUUGGAACUCUACCUCCAAAAUACUGGACAUGAAACAGAACCUGUGGCCAAGUCAAAAACGAGCAAAGAAGAUAAAGAGAGAAAAACUCUUGAAUUACUUCAAGGAUCAAAGGCUGGCUAUGAUAUCAACCAAGCCCUUGUUCUCUGUCAGAUGCACAACUUUACUGCUGGUAUACUCUACCUUUACGAAAAGGCUGAGCUUUAUGAACAAAUUCUACGCUAUCACAUGGACCAUGAUGAAUAUGGACAGGUUAUUAACACAUGUAAACGGUUUGGAAUUCAAGAACCAAAUCUCUGGGUUCAGUCCUUGUCGUAUUUUGCAAUGAAAGAAGACAACUGUAAAACUUUCCUCAUGGAAGUUCUUUCUCAUAUCGACAAGAAGAACCUGUUGCCUCCGUUACUCGUCAUCCAGACAUUGGCCAACAACUCUGCUGCUACACUGUCAGUUGUAAAGGACUAUAUUGUCAAGCGCCUGCAGCAAGAAAAUGAUCAGAUAACUGAAGACGAACGGCUUAUCCAACAAUAUAGGGAAGACACUCUGAAGAAAAAAAACCAAAUUGAAGAAUUAAAGACUUCCGCAAAGAUCUUCCAAGCCCCUAAAUGCAGUAUUUGUAACCAUCCUUUGGAAAUCCCUUCGGUACAUUUUCUCUGUGAACCUCACUCUUACCAUCAACACUGUUUUGAAUGUUAUGGUGAAAAUGAAUGCCCUGUUUGUAUGCAAGAAAACAGGAAAGUGAUGGAAGUGAUCCGAGCCCAAGAACAGAACAAGGAUAUUCAUGAACAUUUCCACAAUGAGCUUGACCGUGUCCAGGAUGGAUUCUCUUUGAUUGCUGAUUACUUUGGCCGUGGUAUUUUUAGUAAGAAAUCUCCAAUGAAAGAAUAUAUUCAGCCUUGAAAGAUUUCAAUCAACCCAGUAUGAAUUCUGAACAUGUCACCUGUCCCCUCUGGUGCUCUGGCCUUGAAACCGUAUUUUAAGAUGACACUUUGAUGUCAUAUACCAGAUUGACAUAUGUACCAUAUAUCUGUACAGUUAUGUGAUAAACCGCUUCCACCACCAUGACCCUAUUUGAGGCAAAGAUAAUGGUACCACUGAGAAUUUCCUCCCCCUACUCCACCACCUUCUCUCGGGCAGUACAGGGUUCUUUAUCUUAAUUCUUGCAAGUCUCAAAAGCUAGCUAUUAGCAUAAUCAAUCUGUGAUCCCUAAAUUGGAAAUGAAUAAGGAAUGUUUCUUGACAUUCCCUAUUCAUUUCCAUUGCAUUGUACCUUAAACAUUCCCUGGUUGCACUUCAUGAAACCACAAGACCACUUCUUCGUUAAUUCUCAAAUUCUAGUCAAUUUCUAUCAAAUUAAUUAAGGCCAUCAAUGUAUUGUAUUUAUUCCGUUUUCUUUUUCUUGUUACCAAUUAUUGUUUUCAAACUUUUUGCUAAAUUUAACGAUAUUUUAAGUUUUAUGCAUCCAUGAUUAAGUUUUUUUUGGUUUUUGGAAAAGUCUUAUGGUUUAAAUCAGUGGUUCUCAAACCAGGACCCCACAUGGCCCCUGAGGGUCCACAUAACAAAAUAGUAAACCAGGGAUCCUCAAUGAUAUUCUAAGAGCCCCUACAAAAAAUGUUGCUUUAGAUGUUUAUAUGUAUUGCAAGAAACAGCCAGGUUGCUUCUUUCUCUAACAUUUUAAAUAGUUCAACCUACACAAGUGUAUGUGCGAAAAACAAAAUUGCAAUUUUAAAAGAAGCUUCUAUAAAACUAGUUUUUAAACAUCGAAUAGCAGUGAAGCUCCACCAGAAUAAAAUAAUCAAAGGGAUAAAAUAUGAUUGAGAACCCCUGGUUUACAUAGUUAAUCAUUUAACAUACACAUAUACACUAUUAGUAAAUAAUAUAUCAAAUAAUCGGAAACACAAUAGGUCUGUACAUUGUAAUAAAUCCAACAGAAAUUUGAA